GGAGCAUUAAGCGGGACAUGACCUUCACGUUUCACCCCGAGGACCUAAAACGGGACUUGAGUAAAAAACUGUCUCAUCAGCCCUGGUUCCCCUUGGCCAUGGAGGAAGACGUGAAAACCGCCGACACCAGGCCAGCCACCCGAGGCCCGGACCAUGACAGGGAAAACGCCCGCUCCAUCUGUCUCCUUGAGCAGAAGCGAAAAGUGGUCUCCUCCAGCAUCGACGUUCCCCCGGCCAGGAAAUCCUCGGAGGAACUGGACAUGGACAAGGUGACAGCAGCGAUGGUACUCACCAGCCUGUCCACAAGCCCUUUGGUUCGAAGCCCUCCUGUGCGGCCGAAUGAGGGCAUGAGCGGAUCCUGGAAGGAGGGCGGUGCCCCGUCCAGCAGCUGCAGCAGCGGCUACUGGAGCUGGAGCGCCCCCAGCGACCAGUCCAACCCGUCCACACCAUCGCCGCCGCUGUCCGCCGACUGCGCCAAGCCCUUCCGCAGCCCUGCGCCCGACGACGGCAUCGACGAGGCCGAGGCCAGCAAUCUGCUCUUCGACGAGCCCAUCCCCAGGAAGAGAAAGAACUCCAUGAAGGUGAUGUUCAAGUGCCUCUGGAAGAACUGCGGAAAGGUGCUGAGCACCGCGGCCGGGAUCCAGAAGCACAUCCGCGGCGUCCACCUUGGGCGUGCUGGGGACUCUGAUUACAGCGAUGGUGAGGAGGACUUCUACUACACGGAGAUCAAGCUCAACACGGACGCGGUGGCAGACGGACUGGGCAGCCUGGCCCCGGCUUCGCCCUCCCAGUCCCUGGCUUCACCUCCCACCUUCCCCAUCCCGGAUUCAAGCAGAACAGAAAGCCCUGGUGCCAAAACCGAGACUAAACUGAUGACGCCCUUGAGCCGCUCGGCCCCUACCACCCUCUACCUCGUGCACACCGACCACGCUUACCAGGCCACGCCCCCCGUGACCAUCCCAGGAUCGGCCAAGUUCACCCCCAAUGGCAGCAGCUUCAGUGUCUCCUGGCAGUCUCCUCCAGUUACCUUCACAGGCAUUCCAGUGAGUACAAAUACAAAAAGCCAAAUGUAAAGUUAGAGAACAAGCUGAAGACACAUAAAGUUAGAGAACACAUUUAGACACAUGCAACAGAAAAACAAAGCCCAGAAGGCUGGAAGCACCUGUUUCUUGCGUGGAAUUUGUAAACUCCUGAGCAAGGCUUCUCAUGGCUCCGACAGGCCCGGCUACUCUGUCAGAUAAAAGCGUUUCAGCUGUUGAUAAAUAUGUCAGAUGUAGAUCAGAGUUUUUUGUUGGUGGUAUAUUUGCAUGUUUCCAAAAGGCUUUAUAAAAUCAUCUCUGAG